UUGAAAUUGCCCCUGAAUCAAAAAAGUAUCUUACAAUAACAACACAUAAAGGAUAUUUCCAAUACAAUCGAAUGCCCUUCGGUAUUGCAACAGCACCAUCAAUUUUUCAACAUUAUUUAGAAAAACUACUAGACAACAUCCCGAAUACGGCCGUCUACUUCGAUGAUAUUGCAGUAACAGGAAAAAAUGACAGCGAACACCUAAGUACUCUGACGUCAGUACUCAAGAGAUUGCUAGAAGCUGGCCUCAAAGUUAACUUAAAAAAAUGUAGUUUUCUCCAACCCGAAAUUGAAUAUCUUGGACACAUAAUUGACGCACGUGGUGUACGCCCAACUAAAACAAAAAUUGAUGCAAUCGCUAAAGCUCCAGCGCCAAACAAUACUAAAGAACUACGAUCUUUUUUAGGAAUGGUCAACUUUUACGAGCGAUUCAUUCCGCACUUACAUACACUUUGUUCAGACUUGCACGACUUAACAUCUUCACGAAAAAAAUGGAAAUGGACGAAAGAAUUACAAACCGCAUUUGAAAAGGUAAAAACCUGCAUAACAAAAACAAGACCUCUGAUAGCUUAUGAUGAUAAACGAAUGCUUUAUCUAGCAUGUGAUGCUUCCGAAAAAGGACUUGGGGCUGUUCUUUUCCACAAAGAACACAAUAUUGAACAACCGGUCGCAUAUGCUUCUAGGAAAUUAAAACCUGCAGAAAGUAAAUACUCUGUAAUAGACCGAGAAGCAUUAGCUAUCUACUUUGGUAUCAAAAAAUUUGAUCAGUUCUUAAGAGGAGUCCGUUUUACAUUAAUUACUGAUCACAAACCUUUAAUCUACCUUUUAGGCCCACAAAGAAAUCUGCCUAAACUUGUUAAUAACAGAUUGGUGAGAUGGGCGUUAGCAAUUGGGUGUUAUAAUUAUCACAUUGAGUAUCGAAAGGGAGAACACAAUAUUCUUGCAGACUUUUUGUCAAGAAUGCCAAACCCUGACCAAAUACCGUCUGAAGGUGAACUGACUGUACAUAAAAUAGGCACGCGAUUGCAAGCGAUAAAAAUGAUUGAUUUAACACUUUCAGAGAAACUGAUUAAAGAAGAAACAGGAAAAGAUCCCGUCCUAAGGGAAGUAUCCAAUCAUAUUAAACUUGGCUGGAAGAAUCAAUGUAAUAGUCACCUAAAACCUUACUAUCGAAAACGUGAAGAACUUGCCAUCGAGAAUAAAAUUAUAAUGUGGGGCGGAAGAAUUGUAAUUCCACAAGGGAUACAAAAAGCUGUAUUACACUACCUCCACCGCGGCCAUCCAGGCACAUCUGCUAUGCGAGCUCUGGCUAGAUUUUAUGUCUGGUGGCCCUCCAUAGACGAAGAUAUAGAUAGAUAUAUUAAACUUUGCCAUAAAUGUCAAGAAAACAGGCCGAAUGAUCCAGAACUCCCUAUUUACUCUUGGUCUAUCCCAGAAAAAAAUUGGGAAAGAAUUCAUAUUGAUUUCGCAGGUCCUUUCGAAGGAAAGUAUUGGGUAGUAGUUGUUGAUGCUUUAUCAAAAUGGAUUGAAGUACGACCAAUGACUAAAACUACUACAGUAAAACUAUGUGCUAAACUGGAUGGAAUAUUUACUACUUUCGGUCUACCCAAGAUUAUUGUAUCUGAUAAUGGUCCACAAUUUACGUCGCAUGAGUUUGAAAAUUAUUGCAAGCAGUAUGGAAUCUUACAUAUUCGGGUAUCACCGUACCAUCCUCGCUCCAACGGAUUAGCAGAACGCCUUGUUCGCACUUUCAAGACCCGGUUAUCAGCCAGUAACGAAGACGGAGCUAACUUGAAACAACGCUUAAGAAAUUUCCUGUUCAGUUAUCGUAAUACACCACAUUCUACAACAGGUAAAUCUCCAGCACAAAUAAUGUUUGGCCAUCAACUAAAUUGUGUAUUUGACAAUCUACGCCCAGAUUUAAGAAAAACACUAAAUUUCAAACAACUUCAAACUAACUUACAUGGAGAUCAGCCUUUAAAAGAAUUUAAGAGUGGUGACCCAGUUUAUAUACGCACGCGAAAUGAAUCAACUUGGCAUCCUGCUACUGUAACAUUACGUACUCACCGUUAUUCGUACCUAGUUCAAACACCUGAUGGUGUGGAAAAACGAAGACAUGCAGAUCAUAUACGUUCUCGAGCAAUUGAUGAAGCUGAAAGUACCAAAAUAGGAGGAAUGGUUAAAGAACCAUCUCAAGACUCACAAGCGAGUAUGACUCCAUUACAGGCCCCAACAUCAGAAAUUCAGGAACCUUCUCCAGAGCAAACUCAAGCAAAUGCUCCAAUUACACCGUUACAAACAUCACCCUGUGAGCUACCACAAGAAUGGCAACAAUUGACAUCAAUACCACUUACUAAAGAGGCAUAUUCUACGGCCGAGGAAACAGCCGUACCAUUGCGUCGUAGUGUACGUACCAGACGCCCUCCGAGACGACUACUUUAUGAUUAAGAAACAUUGUAGAGACAGACAAACAUUGUAUAUAAAUCAUAUUCAUUGGGGAGUAAUGUUACAACCUCAUCGUAUACUCUUUUUAAAAAACAUAUUAA